UCGCGGACGUGCGGGUUCUCAUAGCCGCACUUCUGUGACGUCGCCGCAUCCGAGGAUCCCGAGGCCGGAAGUCGCCGCCCCUCAGCUCUCUGUCCGUCCCGAGCCCACCAUGGGAGGAUGCUUCUCCAAACCAGUGGAAGUCAAAGUGGAACUCUCGCUCCUGGAAAAAGAAAAAGAGGCGGAUGGCCUUUCGCCUAACGGCAAGGCGAGUCCCUUCGCCGACUGCAGACCGAACGGGGCCCUCGGACGCAACUCGGACGACGACUCCGCCUUGCUCCAAGCUUACCGCAAAUCGCGGGACUACGUGGAAGCCUCCGUCUGUCACGUCAAAGAUCUGGAAAACGGACAGAUGCGAGAGGUUGACUUGGGAAGCGGGAGAGCGUUGUUGAUUAAAGACCAUGGAGAGUUCUCAGCCAUGGGCCACAAAUGUCCGCAUUACGGCGCACCGCUCGUCAAAGGCGUGCUGUCAAAAGGACGCGUACGCUGUCCGUGGCACGGCGCUUGCUUCAACGUAGCAACGGGCGACAUCGAGGACUUCCCCGGCCUGGACGGCCUGCCGACCUUCCAGGUCAGAGUUGAAAAGGACAAGGUCAUCAUUCGAGCAAACAAGCAGGCGCUUCGGUCGCAGAAACGGUCAAAGGCCAUGGCCCGCUGCUCCGCGGUGGUGAACUGCAGCACGGGCUUCGCUCACGUUUUAAUUAUCGGAUCAGGUCCAGCGGGUCUCGUGUGCGCAGAGACGCUGAGGCAAGAGGGCUUCACCGACCGCAUCGUCGUGUGCACCAUGGACCGACAUCCUCCCUACGACAGGCCUAAACUGAGUAAGUCCCUAGACAGCACGGCAGAACAGCUGCGCUUGCGAUCCCUGGACUUCCUGCAGGACCACCGCAUUGAACUGCUCACAGAAAAAGAGGUUGUGGCGAUAGAUGUGAAGACGCGUUCCAUCACCUUUGAAGAAGGCUUGAAGAUGGAAUACAGAAAACUCUUUAUUGCCACAGGAAACAAACCCAAAGCUCUGAACUACAAGGGCACGGAGGUCAGGAACGUGUUUCACCUGCGGACGCCCGAGGACGCCAACAGCAUCGCGAGGCUGGCCGACAACAAGAACGCUGUGAUUGUGGGAACAUCUUUUGUUGGUAUGGAGGCGGCCGCCGCUCUGACCGACAAGGCCCACUCCGUCUCUAUCGUUGGGGUUGAAUCCGUCCCGUUUAAAAAAGCCCUCGGGGAGAAAGUAGGGAAAGCCAUCAUGAAGCUCUUUGAAGCAAACAGGGUGAAGUUCUACAUGCUGAACGAGGUGUCCGAGAUGAUUGGCCAUCAUGGACAGCUGAAGGAGGUGGUGCUGAAGAGUGGCAAAGUCCUGCGAGCUGAUGUCUGCGUCAUCGGAGCAGGAUGCGUUCCUGCAACGAGCUUCCUGAAACAGAGCGGCGUUCACAUGGACUCCAAGGGCUUCAUCACUGUCAACAAGGUCUUUUUUGCCACACGGACCUGCUACAUGGCUGACUUCUUGUCCCGUGUUGUUUUUGUUUAUGUAUUUAUUUUACAGAAACAGUCAAGAAGAAUUGUUUCGGUUUGGGUUUUUCUGAUGAUGCAGACAAAUGCGGACGGCGUCUUCGCCGGGGGAGAUGUGGUGACCUUUCCUUUCCCGCCACGCAACAAUAAGAAGGUCAACAUUCCUCACUGGCAAAUGGCUCACGUACACGGAAGAGCGGCGGCGCUCGGCAUGUUGGGCAGAGUCACCGAGAUGACAACGGUGCCUUACUUCUGGUCGGCAAUGUUUGGGAAGACGAUACGCUACGCAGGUUAUGGAGACGGAUUUGAUGAUGUCAUCAUUCAAGGCGAUCUCGACGAACUGAGAUUUGUGGCGUUUUACACGAGGGGCGAGGAGGUGGUUGCAGUGGCCAGCAUGAACUACGAUCCCAUUGUGUCCCGAGCGGCCGAGGUCUUAGGAUCCGGAAAGGCGAUUAAGAAGCGAGAUGUGGAGAUCUUCUUGGCAAGACUGGCGAUAUUUCCUGGUUGAUUGACAAGGGCUCCCAAUAACUUCGCCGUGUACACAAGCACGGGAAUUCUGGAUACAGGCGCUAAACGGUGCUGAGACACAAGGCAGCUAUCCCCCGUGCGAGGGCCGCGACUGUUCGAGACAUCGAAACAGGCAUCGUCCCUGAGACCCUCUGACCUGACAGCGCUGAGUCAGCAGGACUUUGUUGAGCCGUGUUGUCAUGUUGCAAGCAAUAGUGGAUUCAGCUGCAAGAUGCCAUCUACAUCUAGUUGUACACUUUGUUUAUAAAAAGAAAGCCAUGGCUGGGCGUUGGUGUUUUGUCCCUUAAUAAUAAUAUUGUACAUAGCUAUAAUCACGAAUGCACUGUAACUACAGAGAACGACUAUUUGGGAUGCUGAUUAUUAUUAUUCUUCUUUUAAAUAGUGGAAUGAUACAUUUUCAAGUUUUCUGUUGGUACACCUGCUGAGAUCCAAUACAAGAGCUGGAUCAAAUAUCAUCGCCGAUCUCAGUUGACUGUGUAAAUCUUACACGCACGCACGCACGCACGCACACACGCAGCUUUAAUUUGAACUCAACAAAAGAUUCAAACAUACCUCUUAGCACAAAAUUGAUUCCCUAAUGCUUGUAUGGUAGAUUGAAGUCUCUAGUCUAACACAAUGCAGAAUGAUGAUCAUGAUGAUGCUAAUUGCUAAUAGCAGUCUCCUCCAUUGGGAUGUUUUAUUACUAACUCAGGGAACUGAUAUUUGUGGCCUCCAUGGAUACCCUGGAAUUCUUCAAGACAUUUCUUGCUUCCAUAUAUAUAUAUUUGUUUUUGUUUUGUUAUUAUAUCUUUACUGGUUCUGUCUAUAUAAAUUAGAGAAAGUGGUUAUGUACAGUACUUCAGGGUAAAACAAUGUUUAAAAAUAUAUAUUGUUCCUCCUACAAAGGAGCAAGGAUGGGAUUUUUAUAACUUUGAAAUAAAUGUCUUCUGCGUCA